AUGCCAAACCUUUGUGGAUGUACUGGCGACUCCUCAGUGGGGAGGUUGCAUUGGCCUUGGCGAAAAAAUGUCUCUCCUUCCACCGCCUCUUCAGUACGCCGUUCUACGGCCCUUGGUGAAAGUGUCGAUGAUACAGAUAUCGCCAAAUCCCCUACCCUUGCCAAACCUGAGGUGGACGACAGUAUCAGCCCUCGGAACUCAAACCCCCACGAGGUCACCAAGACCUCUCGUCCGCCGGUCACUUUUGAACUGGACUCCAUAUCGCGGAGUGGUCAAGACAACUCCUCCGAGAAAGACAGGUAUUUCGAGAUGCGAAAUCACUCACUAGAUAUGGAAGUGGGCUCCAUUCUACCACAAAAUGCGGAGAUGACCAACACCGCGAAUAGGACUUUUCCCACCUUCUUCAACUCCAAGUCGAGUCGCGCAUCAGGUCGUCUCUAUCCCAAUCAUAAUGCUGUUCUCUUACGAAGGGGUUCUCUCCUGGUUCGAUCCGGCCGUCCAUUGCCUGUUAGUAUUCUAAUUAAUCAACAAUCAUUGGACGGCUCUAAAAUCACCUCACCGGGGGUCACAUCGGGAGGUCUGCCUAGUCCCGGCGUGGGAGAGGGACAUGGGACUAAGGAGCGCUUUUUGGAUGAAUCAUAUAUUGUGACACCAUUUGCACAGAUCCUGGCUGGAUUACGCUCGGUACAGACUAAUAUCACCUGGCUUACUUCUCAGCACUCUGUAAAGCCUGAUUCAGAGGGUGAUGUUUUUCUCAAAUCUGGUGAAACAGAUCUUCCUUCUCCUGUCUCAGGCGAAGACUAUGACAUGCUUGCUGAGGCUACAAAGAAAGAACUGGAGUGGUGUCUUCAACAGCUUGAAAAUAUUCAAACCAAACGACCGGUGUCUGAUAUGGCUACCACCAAGUUUAAACGUCUACUCAGUCAAAAACUCGGUAGCUUCGGCAGUACGGACAAGACGCGAAAUCAAAUCUCCGAGUAUAUAUCCAAAACCUUUAUGGAAGAGUAUUCAGAGCAAGAUGACAACGAGAACGAGGAGGCUGAAAGCAGUUCCAAUGCUAUAGCGACGGGAAGUGAGGCUCUAGGGAAUUCUCGAACCGACGUGACAGGCUUCUCUCUGGAAUCCUCCGCAGACGGUGCCGACUUGCGAAUUUCGAAGCGCUUCUCCAAGAGUGAACAUUCUGAGGCAUCCGCAAUUGCUACCGCCCUCGAUACUACUGCUCCUUCAAUUACUACGGACUCGAACUUAGAAGAUGUAAAUACAACCAGUGACGAGAAAAAUUUGGACAAUCUUCCCUACCUAGGUAUCAAGACACCCAAUGAUGAAGCCAUUCAAAAGGAGCUGGAAACCUCGCUGGAUAGUUGGAGUUUGAACAUGUUUCACAUUGAUACACUAUCCGAGCACCAUUCACUCACAGUCGUGGCCUAUCGAAUUUUCUCAAAACGCGGACUCUUCCAUACCUUUAACAUUGACCCCGCUACCUUUGUCACGUAUAUCCUUCGUUUGGAAGCAGCUUACCAUAGCACGAAUCCCUACCAUAACCACAUCCACGGUGCUGAUGUGCUUCAAACCGUCCAUGUACUUCUGCAGGCCGAAACUCUUGAUCACGUCUUUAGUGAUAUUGAGAUACUUUCCUCACUAUUUGCUUCCGCAAUCCACGAUGUUCAUCAUCCCGGUGUAACAAACCAAUUUCUUAUCAACACAGGUCACAAAUUAGCCCUUCUCUACAAUGAUGCAUCAGUUCUGGAAAAUCAUCACCUCUCCGUGGCCUUCAAGUUGCUGACCGAACCAGCCUGUAAUAUUUUCGCUAACCUAGCGCCUAAACAAAGGCAGCUCCUUCGACGCCUUGUCAUUGAACUGGUUUUGGCAACUGACAUGUCAAAGCAUAUGAACCUACUUGCAGAACUACGCACAAUGGUUGAGACGAAGGAACUCACUGGAACUGGCUAUCUCAGCCUCGACGAUCACAAUGAUCGUAGUCUGGCAAGUUUUUUCCAAAUGAUCGACUUCAGGGCAGUUCUACAAUGCAUGCUGCACUGUGCUGAUCUAAGCAGUCCAACAAAGCCCUUUGCCAUCUACAAGCAGUGGACUUUCGGUGUUAUGGAGGAGUUUUUUAAACAAGGUGACAAAGAGAAGGAACUUGGAAUCGAGGUCAGCGCCAUGUGUGAUCGUGAUUCCGUUGUGGUGGACAAGGCUCAAAUCGGUUUCAUCGACUUUGUAAUUCAUCCGUUGUGGGAUACAUGGUGUGAUCUAAUUCAUCCAGCCGGUGAACACAUCCUGGAGGCUUUGGAUGCAAAUCGCGAUAUAAUCCUCAAUCAAUCACCAUUCAAAGAAUUUGAGGUGCAAGCAAAGAGGCAAGCAGAGCAAGCAAAAUAA